AUGCACCCCUGUGAGGAUGAAAUUGUGUGCAAGUGUGUAACUGAGGAGAACAAAGUUCCCUACUUCAACGCACCCGUGUACUUGGAAAACAAGGAGCAGAUCGGGAAAGUGGACGAAAUCUUCGGCCAGCUACGUGACUUUGUAUCCUUUAAAUCUUUCGUUGUCUAACCAGAGUCAUCUGUGAAGUGGUUGGGAACAUGUUCAUGUUUUCCUGAUCUCAUUAAUACCUUCUUCGUGGUGAUACAACAUAACACUCGGGUGUAAAACAUGUAUGCUAGAAUUCAUUUUUUACUGGUUAACACUGAGUUUCAUGUCAUUUGUGACACUGGUUUGCCCCUUAACCUGAAGCUGCAGUAUUUCUCUGUUAAACUCUCUGAUAAUAUGAAGGCAUCCUCGUUCAAGAAACUACAGAAGGUAAGCUAUAGCCGUGUAUUACAUGUAGCAGAGCUGAUGGUAGUUAGUGCUUUUAUGGUCGACGAGACCCAAACUGGCAUCCGUGGUGUUAACAGAGAAUGCAAGAUACCAGAAACACCUCCCCCAACUCGCUUGUUAACCAAUCAUUUCUAAAUCGAACGCGGAGGCCUCCGUGGAGGUGCACUGAGCGCCGCGCGAGACCUCCACACAGCCAACGUGUACUUCCAUUUUCUUGUGGAUUUGCUUUAGUUAUAGAUGGGUUGGUUGUUUAGCAACAAAACUGACAAGUGCAAAACAGACAGGGUUGGCUUAGACGGUUGACAAUAAACAUCCAAUGUUUAUUGAAAACAAAUACAUUUGCACAAUGAGCACUUGUUGUCUCAAAUACAUUGUUAGUUGUUUCUGUGCUAGCUAGUGAAUUUAAGCCUUAUUAGCAUUGACUUGAAAUCAGUCAAAACAACUCAAAACAAGACACGGUAUCAAGAACAAGCUGCAAUGAAACACUUAAGAUUCCCUACAUGGCAGUUUCUUGUCAUUCUUGCUAGCAAACUGGACAUCCAGAAUCACAACACGCUGACUUCUGUCCCAUGGAAGCGCGCACAUUGUUUUUGUGAUUUUUGUCAGCUAACCCAUCUAUUGCAUAAACAUUCCUACAGCAUGUAUUCUGUAACUCUCUCAUCAUAUUCUGGUCCACAGUUCUAUGUAGACCCAAUGAAACUCCUACCACUCCAGAGGUUCCUUCCCAGGCCCCCGGGUGAGAAGGGUCCCCCAAGAGGAGGCAGAGGGGGUAGAGGUGGAAGAGGAGGUCCCCGCGGAGGUAAGAGAAAAAUGUAAACAGCACAGGCCCCAUGGCUGUGUGUUUUCUUUUCUUUUUUUGUGGAGGAAUGUUAGUCAAUUUUUAUAAAAAAAUAUAUAUUUUGCCCUCCCAGGUGGAUUCCGUGGUGGCAGGGGUGGUGGUGACCGUGGCGGAUUUGGCAGAGGAGGUUUUAGUGGUGGACGAGGAGGAGGAGGAUUCAGAGGUAGAGGAGGUGGCGGUGGGCGAGGAUUCAGAG